AGUAGCUCUUCGCUUACAGCAGCGAAGCGGUCCGUGCUAUCCAUCCAGCUGAAUCAUUUAGUUCAACUCCUACUUUUUAUUGUCAUUGUACGUCUGCUAUAUUGCAAUGGCGGCGAGAUAUGAUAGAGCUAUUACUGUCUUCUCUCCCGAUGGCCAUCUUUUCCAAGUGGAAUAUGCGCAAGAAGCUGUAAAGAAAGGCUCCACUGCCGUGGGAAUCCGAGGUAAAGACAUUGUUGUUCUUGGAGUGGAGAAGAAAUCUGUAGCAAAGUUGCAGGAGGAAAGGACUGUCCGGAAGAUCUGUGCACUUGAUGAGCACGUCUGCAUGGCAUUUGCAGGUUUAACAGCAGAUGCUCGUAUCGUGAUAAACAGAGCCCGUGUUGAAUGCCAAAGCCACAGGUUAACUGUCGAGGACCCUGUUACUGUUGAAUACAUCACACGCUACAUUGCUACACUGAAACAGCGCUACACUCAAAGUAACGGGCGCAGACCAUUUGGAAUUUCAGCUUUAAUUGUUGGCUUCGACUAUGAUGGGACCCCCAGGUUGUAUCAAACUGAUCCCUCAGGAACAUACCAUGCAUGGAAGGCAAAUGCUAUCGGCAGAAGCGCUAAAACUGUCAGGGAGUUUCUGGAGAAGAACUACACAGAUGAGGCUAUUGCGGGAGACAAUGAAACGAUCAAGUUGGCCAUUAAAGCCUUGCUCGAGGUGGUGCAGUCAGGUGGCAAAAACAUUGAGCUCGCAGUUAUCAGACGGAAUCAGCCUCUCAAGAUUUUGGAAUCCAAAGAAAUUGAGACCCUGGUAGCUGAAAUUGAGAAAGAAAAGGAGGAAGAAGCAGAGAAGAAAAAGCAGAAAAAGUCCUCUUGAAGCCAUUAUCUGGUCCUUCUUAUUGCACUUAGACUACAAAUUAUUCUUUAGGUUGCAGUUGGCAUGAACGGGUUGAUCAUAUUUGUUUCAUACUUGAGUUACAACAAUAUUGUCACUUUCAGAUCCAGCUCAAGUUAUGAUUUCUAACUUUUACUCCAGUUGUACGUUUUUGUAUAUUCUCAAGAUGGUCCAUUGAUGCAUUUGUCAAAUGUUUGAAACAGUUUAUACACAUUCAGGAUCAUAAGCAAAUAAAUAAUAAAAUUUG